GACGAAUGUGACUCCUGCACAACGCAUUCACUUUGAGAAAAACAGGACAGUGAGAAGACUGAAAGGCAACUGCAGAUCUGAUUAUGGCGAAGCAAAACAAUGAACUCCUCCAGAGAAUUACGACCCUUGAAGACAUUGAACAAAAGGAAUAUGAAGACAUGGGAGCUGCUUUGGAAAAUGUGCAAGAAAACGUAAAAUCCCUCCACCAACGCAUUAAUCAGGUGAAAGACUUUCAACGCCAUCACCAGCUUGGGAUGAGCCCUGAUCUGGUACAGGCAGAAAAAAAGGUCAUAUCAAUAUGGCAAAGAAUCCAAAGGAUCGCUGGUUUUCAUCAAAGUCAACAUGCAGAGACACGUUCUGCUCUCCAGCAAGAGAGGGAAAGCCUGAAAUUUCUGUGGGAAAGUUCAUCCUUCCAGAACACGGCCGAGGCCACAGAGGAAAGAAACAAUUCACAAUCAACAGGAAGAAACCAGCAGCAGAACCAGAACCAGUCGAAGACAUCAAUCAUCAGCCAUUUCUUCAGCCGACAGAAAACAGCCACAAACACUGAAACACAGGAACAGAAAUCUGAUCUGAAAAUGGAAGAGGAGAAACAUUUACAAAGAAUUGAUAUGAUAGAAAACCAUCAACAAGAGCAACAUCAACAAAUAAGAGAUGAUUUAAAUCAAGUUGGAAAAGAAAUGACAGAACUCCAACUCAGAAUUCAUCAUAUUGAAACCACUCAACGUUUUGAAAUAAGAAUGAAAGAGAUGGCCGGAGAACUUCAAGCCACUAGGUCUAAUCUAAAAGAAAAAGAAGAAGAACUAAAUUUUUUCAAAGACAGACAAAGUGAGAUGGAUAAAGAACUUCAAACCACCAGGUCUGUUCUAAAUAAAACAGAGGAAGAACUGAAAUCUUUCAAAGACAGAGUGGCUUUGGAAGUUGCUCCCUCAAUAAAAACAGGAAACACUAUGAGCCUCAACAGCCCAGUCAGUAAAAACAGAAUAAGAGAAAUGUAUGAAACUCUGAGAUGUGACUGGCCAAAAAUCAAAGAAGAUUUGAAGUUAGCUGGGGAAAAACCAGAUUCUGUCCAAAACAUGAUUCAGAAACAGUUUACCUUGUCAAGAACAGACAUGGAAGAAAAGAAUGUGAUGAUAUCAAAUUUCUUUGAGUUGAAUAAGUCCAAACAUGGAACAGAAUCUCCAGAGGUUAAAGAAUACUUGCUGUUAGCAAUUCAGAAUCUGCAGCUGGCGAUCUACAAUCAGAAAUAUGGCAACGGUUCACAGAAACCCUUAUCUGCACAUGAAGUCACAAACCAUAAAGAUAUGAUGGAGUAUUUGAGCUCUGAAUGCUACUGGCUUGGAUGUCUGAUGGCUCUGAAUAAUCCUCCCAUUAAUCCGGACUGGGAGAAUCACGCUGAGUCAAUGGACAAAUGGGACAUUCUCCCCCGAAAUAUUACAGCUGCUUCUGUAAAGAAGUGAGAGAAAAAAAUCAUGUUCUGUCAAGAUCUUUAGGAUUUCUUCAUGAAUCUUAUAAUUCUUUGUAACUGAACUCUAAAAUUGUAUGAGAUUUACAUGUUUUUCUUUUUUGUGGGAAAUAUUUAAUUAGGCAGUAAAACACAUAAAUUUGACUUUCUGGAACUGAAAUGAAGAAAAUAAACUUUCAGUUAGUAAUCUGUGAAGUCAAUUGUUACUUUUUGGUUAAUUAAGGGCCAUUUACAGUUGCAGUAUAAAGUAUCACUAGUUUUAUCUCUGUCAGAGUUUACUAUAAACUUUGGCAAAGUUUGAAAAUGUUUCAAUUUAUAUCAAUAUUUUAUGCAUUUAAAAUGUCCUAAAUUGGAUCAGGUUCAAAGAAGGAUACCAUUUCACAACUUGAUUAAAGUAUAUUAGGGUUUUAAAAAAUGUGAAGUAGCAUUUUUUAUUCUUGAUCUUAUGUUUUCGUAAUAAAAGUGGGUCAGAAAUCUAACAUUUUAUUUAAACAAAGAUUUUAAAGACGACUAAUAACAUGCACUGUAUAGAUCAGAAUUGUAUUUACCAAAUAUUUACAUAUUUAUUAUUGCCUGUUUUACUUUUAGUAGAUGAUUUCUUCAUUGGAUCCAUGUGAAUAAAUGUAUUAUCUAUAAAAAACAUGAA